UGCAUAAAUUAAGAUCCGGAUCCUCCCAUUUCCAUUUCACGUACUUGAAGGAAAACCCCAUGGCUUUAACAAUGACAACGCAUUUACAUUCCUCCAUCUCUUUCUCUUACAAGAAGCUUUUCCAUCUCACUCACUUGAGAAAACCCAAUUACUUCUCCACCUUUUCAAUGUCUUCCGAGUCAAUAUACCCUCUAACUCACACCAUCACUCUACCGAGUCAACCCGUAGAAAUCGUUGCUGCACCUGGUAUUACCCCAUCCGAGUUCAGAAAUGCGAUAGAUUCUUCUUUGUUCCAGCAAUGGCUGAAAAACUUGCACCGCGAAAAUGGGGCACUCACUAAUGGGGUCAUGUCCUUGAACAAAGUUCUUAUCCAGGGAGUGGAUUAUUUUGGAAAUCGAAUUGGUUUUCUCAAGUUCAGAGCAGAUAUUAUUGAUAACGAAAUGGGAAAAAAGGUUCCAGGCAUUGUUUUUGCACGAGGACCAGCUGUAGCCAUCCUCAUUCUUUUGGAGUCUGAGGGUCAGAAUUACGCUAUUCUUACAGAACAGGUUAGGGUCCCUACUGGGCGCUUUGUUUUGGAAUUGCCAGCUGGAAUGUUGGAUGAUGACAAGGGUGAUUUUGUGGGUACUGCAGUUCGCGAGGUUGAAGAGGAAACUGGUAUGAACUUGAAUAAAGAAGACAUGGUUGAGCUUACAGCCUUCUUGGAUCCAUCAACUGGAGGCAAAGUUUUUCCCUCACCGGGAGGUUGUGAUGAGGAACUAAGCGUUUUCCUGUUCCAAAGUGUGGUGAGUAAAGAGACUAUUCAGCAACUUCAGGGUAAGAAAACGGGUCUCCAAGAGCAUGGCGAGCUCAUAAAAGUUCAUGUAGUCCCAUAUGCACAACUUUGGCGCGCCACAGCUGAUGCUAAAGUUCUUAUGGCCAUCGCCCUGUAUGAAAUGGCCAAAAGAGACGGGCUGUUGUCCAAGUCCUGAUGUUUGGCAGAGUUUCUCAUCGAUUGUGCUCAGAGUUUACCGUGUUGCCAAGGGUACUCUACUAGUAGCGAGAAAUCUAGUUUAUCAUGAUAACAGUUUAAAAAUCUGUUACUGUUUCGUUUUAGAUUUUAAUCUUUGUCCUCUCCUGACCUACCACGAAUUUUUAUUGGAAUCGGAAUUACAUUACAA